AUGCUGUAUCUUUGCUACCGACGAGUCACCACUGAGUCUCUCGUCUCAGGCGAUGCAGGUUUGACAUGCUGGCGCUACUUUGCAGAGACCGUUGCACUCCUCACAUUCCUUGGUCGACACGUCGGAUCAGAAGACACAAACUACAUCCCCUCUCUCUGCUCCGAACACAGACGUCGCAUCACCGCCCGCGUCUUCAACAUCGACAAAGUACUCGUCUCCUUCACAGGCCGUCCACCGCUGCUCAGCCGCCGCUUCUUCUCAUCCCCUCUGCCACUCGACCUGACAGACUUGGAUCUUGAGUCUGAUCAAGCUACUAUCCGUCAUGCGGUGCAAGAGCUCGACUCCAAUGGGUUUCGACACGUCGGUGAUCUGAAAGGAUCGUCUAUGGUUAGGGCGCGGUCGCAGAUUGCCUACAUUAAGGAUGAGCUUCUUGAGAUUGCACUUGCGAAUAGCGUCAAGGUCACUUUUGAGAGUCUAACUGAGAUCAAGGCUCGCGCUGAGAGGACGUAUGAGAGCUUCCCAGCCAAUCUCAUCCAUCGACCUGACGAACUCGACGACCCAGACUGCGAUGUUCAAAAAGUAUAUUCACGAAUUCUUAUCCGACUAGAACACAUGCAGAAUCUCUUCUUUGUAGAGAGAUUAUUACUUCGUCUCGGUCACAUUGAUGAGAACCGGUUACUCCCGAUCAGUUUCGAGAUGGUCACCUUGACACUUCUCUUCUGGACACACCAAGACCGCUUCUCGGGCAUGAGACGAGACUUUGAAUGGCUUCUCAUGGCCUUCGCCGCCCCCGGAGGCGGUAUCCUCUGUCUCGAACUCCUCCGCCCAACAUUCCGCGGCACCCAUCCCGACUGCCCCAAACUCAGCCGGUCCGCCAUAAUCCAAAAACUCAGUCUACUAAUCGGCUUCCUCGACUGGGUCCGACCUCCCGCCCCCAACGCUGAUCUCUGCGCAGACUGCAAAGCUGUUAUACAGGGUGUCCUGGACCAUAACCUCAACGCGCCGAUUGCAGGCGGAGGAGCGCUGGAUACUCUGGAUUGGGAUAUUCCGACACACAGUUAA